CUCGCCGAGGAAUUUACUUGCCCGGGCGUUAAGCGGAUUCAUUAACCUUCCCGAUUAGCGAAGACUUUGACGAUUAGUGAGAUCCGUUUGACCGACACCAUGCAUCUUCGGUUCCCCUUACCGGCGGGCUACUUCGCCAGGUUCGACUUGCUACCGAACGAGGUGCAGAACUAUCGGUCUCUAGCCAGCGACAUCGUCCGUGAGACGAAGAGAGAUCUGGACCACUACAUCAAGGACGGACGCAACCUCAUCGACGCACACACGUGGAAACUCGCCAAGUCAAAGGAGCGACUGCACUGCUACCGGAAGCGCAGUACCCAACAUUCCGCGCACCAGCUUGGACUGUACGGCACCGCGGGUACAGACGGAAGUGGCACUGACUCGAUGGGCACAUACCCGGCACGGUCCCGACCGUCGAUGAGCGUCACGAGCUCUCAUAGUCGAUCGGGAUACGAAGACGGGGGCUCGUUGUCAGUGUCAACCCGCUCUUCUGACGACGGUGAACCGAGUCGCAAGAGCAUUCAACCGGCAGUAAUAGGCUACGGUAUUGUGGACGGCACCGUGGACGACCUGGUGUACGGUCUGUACCAGUCCUCGACCAACGAGAUGAAGACCUUGUCGGCGUUUCUGGGCGAUGACUCGCUCAUCGACUGUGCAGCGCUGAAAACUAUCCGUCAGACGCGCUCAUCGUAUCUGGGACUCAAGUGGAAACUGUCCCGUACGGUCGGGGGUAACCGCGACUGCUGUUACAUGGAAUAUGUCGGCGUAUCUGAAGACGCCAACGGCCAGCGCUUCGGCUACCACGUACUGGAGUCUGUGGUAGUCCGCAACUGUCCUCAGUUCGACGACAACUCGAUCGUACGCACCAAUUUGUCCUUCUGCUACAUCUUCCGCCCAGGUAAGCUGGCUGACCAGGUCGAAGUGUUCAUGGAGGGCGCAUACGAUUCAUCGGCCGACGUGCUCACUGCUGGUGGUGUCGGAGACUACCGUACCGCGAUGGAUAUGCUCUUCAACCUCCCGUCAGCUAUGGUAGGAGCGGAAGCGAAGAAGAUCUCGGCUAUGGUAGCAAAACAGUCUGAUGCGCUGCGUGGCGCGAGUAGCAAGAACCAGAGCGGCAAUCACUGCUCCAUUUGCCGCGCCAAGUCCGGUUUGCUCUCUUCACACACGAACUGCCAGACUUGUGGCGCUGUUAUCUGUAGCAAAUGCCGCAUCCGGAAGGUGACAUUCUCUCGUCGAGGCAAGAUCAAAGUCUCGUGUUGCAAAAUGUGUUUGGUUAUGGUCAAGGACCAGUCACCAUUCGCUGGGGAACAGCUCGAGCAACAGCCAGCAAAGCCCAGGAAACCGCGUGAGGACAGUCGCAAUAGAAACGAUAGCACCAGCAGCAACACCAGACUCGACCUGAUCAACGCGUCAGUCUCGACCAUGUCGCUCACGGACUCGGAGUUCUCUGCCUCGUACCAGUCGUGGCAGUCAAGCUCUAUGUCUUCGCUUCAAUCGGACCAUGACGACAGUUUCUACGGCUCGAAUGCUGCUAGUAACGCUAUGGUUCCUCUUGAUAGGAAGAUGCCGGCGCUUAUGGAGAGCGAAAUCCCAUCGCAGCAUCUCGUGUCCUAUCAGAGUGAGCAACAACGUCAGUACGAACAGCAACAAGUCCAGCAACAGCAGUUCUUAAUGCGGCAACGUAUGAAGCAACAUGCUGGGCCGAACAUCCCACCUGUACCGAAUCAACGUCAGCCCAGUACUCGCGAAGGACUGUACAACCAAAUGCUGGAGCUACAGAUGCAAGCGGAGCGGGCCUACAACUUGACAAAUCAGAACGCCAACAUGAUGAACUCGAGGCGAUAG